UCUUACCAAGACAAGGUGCAUUAUCGUAGUGAAAAGUGCUUCUUCACCAUGAAUCGUCUGGUUUGGUGCUUGUUGGUGGCUUUACUUGCAAUCGCAAUGCAAGUGAGAAGUGAUGAUAACGUGGUGCAUUCAACAUCAGGGCCGCCAGCAGAGUUUCAGGAGUUGCAAAAAGAUGGGCAAGAGGAACAACAAGAUGCGCGAGAGCAACCAACAUCCUUGGUAAAAGAUGAUGAGCACGUCAAUCAGACUGUUGCUUUUUUGGCCAAUAUACAGCAAGAGAUGCAACAGAAGCGUACACAGUCCGAAAAGGCGAUUGCAGACAAUCGUGCGAUACAGGAGCAAACCAUCCAGUUAUUGGUUGAGAUGCAGAAGGAAAUUCAAAAUCACCGGGAGGAGCUGGCAAACGAUCGUGAGCAGAUUUCGAAAUGGCAGGAAUCCAUCACAACAAACCAAGUUAAGACAGCAAAUGUUUUGAUGGAAGUUCUGCAGAAUAUAUCGGCAAUUCAAGUUACUCAAAAUCAAACCAUUGAUGUGCUGAAUAAUUUACAGCACGAGUUCCACGCGGGGUCCCAACAGGCAGUCGUAGGGUUUAAGCCACAGCCGAAAGUAAAUUUUUUGAACUACUGGUCGCAAUCAUUACCCAACACGAAGUCAGAAAUGUCGAAACAACGAGAACUAUUAAUGGGAAUCCAAAACACGUAUGAAUCGCGGAUCGAGCAAUUAGAACGCGAUAAUGAAAAUCUGCGUAGCACAUUAUUGGGUGUUCAGCUGAGCUCAUAUCGAUCCUGCAAAGACGUGCCGAUGAAAGUGUCGGGAAAGUACAAUAUCCGUGGAAAUGAUACAUUUUCAUCGUUUGUAGCAUAUUGCGAGCAACAGAAGUUUGGCGGAGGGUGGAUGGUUAUUCAACAUCGUUUCGACGGAUCGCUUAGCUUCAAUCGCAACUGGAGUGCCUAUCGAAGUGGGUUUGGUGACGUCAGUGAGGAGAUCUGGAUCGGUUUGGAGCGAAUUCAUCAAUUCACGAGGGAACAUGAUUGCGAGCUGUUGGUCGAGUUGAAGGAUUUCUAUAACAACUACAAAUACGCGAGAUACUCCUUGUUUAGCAUUGGAAACGAAAGCGAGCUCUACGAACUCAAAUCUCUCGGUGGGUACAGUGGUACGGCGGGGGAUGCACUAACAGGCCACAUAGGAAUGAAAUUUACAACCCCAGAUAGGGAUAACGAUCGUAGUGACAGUAAUUGUGCAAAAAGCUAUCAAGGAGGAUGGUGGUUCACUAAGUGUCAUUUUGCAUUUUUGAAUGGAUUGUAUCGUAAUGCUAGUGGGCUAUCGCAGGAAAUAAUUGCUUGGAAUGAUUUCAGCGACGAUUAUCGAGGAAUGAGCUUUUCCCGUAUGUUAAUACGUCCACUGAAUUAGUAAACAACGGAAAGGAAUGGCAAGAAAUGAGACAAUUCAGAGGAUAACCCUAAUGAUUAGGAUGCAAGAAAUGCUAUUUUUUAAAUUAAUGAAUGCAUCAAAAUGUGCCAUUUUUACAAAACAUUGCAUUUGCUGUUAUGAAUCAUGGUAAGGAGCACGAUGAAGCUUGCUAGGGUUUACUGGCUAAUCGAGAGGCAGUGCAAGAUUGAGCGUUACCAGUAGUUUGUGGUUGUAUUUUACCGUUUCUAAAGAUGAAAAUAUUUGACAUUGGCUUAUUCUAGCGUUCAAUAAACUCGAUUUCUGGCUGAAAGGGAA